AUAUAUAUAUACAGUUGUAAAUUUCUUCAUCACUACAAACCCAUCAAAGCCCUCGAAUGCCAGUACUUUUCCCCCAUGGAUCAAAUCAAUCAUACCAAACUCCCAAAUCAGUCUUGGGAUCUUGAAAUUUCCAAGGAAAACCCUAAUAUUCUCCGAGUAGAAAAUCUCUUGAUCAACCCACUUUGGCCUAGUUACCCCCCUGAAACCCGCCAAAUAGAACCAUCUAAUUCUUCUUCUGCCCAAAUACCAUCACCUUCAACCCCUUUCCUUGAAAAUGCCCCAGAGGAGGAAGAGCCAGAAGAAGAAUUGGGAGCCAUGAAAGAGAUGAUGUACAAGAUUGCCGCGAUGCAGCCCGUGGACAUAGAUCCAGCCACCAUCCAGAAGCCAAAGCGACGCAACGUCCGGAUCAGCAACGACCCCCAGAGCGUGGCAGCAAGACACAGAAGAGAAAGGAUCAGCGAGAAAAUAAGAAUUCUGCAGAGAUUGGUCCCAGGCGGCACAAAAAUGGACACGGCUUCGAUGCUGGAUGAAGCCAUCCGUUAUGUAAAGUUCCUCAAGAGGCAAAUUCGGCAGCUCCAAUCCAAUCAGCAGACCAACAAUGUAAACAGCUGGCAAGUUACACCCACCAAACCUCUCGGUGGCGGUUCCUCCACCUCAACCUUGCUGGAGACACCACUCGGAUUCCGCUUUGGCGGCGGCAACAACGGCGGCAAUCCUUUAUGCUUUAAUAAUCAUGAGGUAAUCAGUGAUUAAUGUAUUAAUAAUAUGUAUAUAUAGAAUAUGAUGGAGGUAAUGGAUUCGUAAUCUUUAGGUAAAAAAGAAGUUGUUAGGAUAUUGUUGACUGAGGAGAAGAGAUCAUGUGUGUGUGGAAUAAUCAUAACGGAUAGCAUGAGUUACGUAGGUCCAUAUAUAUAAUAUAUAAUAAGGUUCUUGGAGUGUGCAGAUUGGCCGGAAAGGUUGUUUGGCCAACUCUCUUCCGGGAAUAAAACAAUGACGUGGGA